AUGUCUUCCCGCCCUGGUUCUGGAUCUGAUCCAAAAAAUUACAGCUCUUAUUCUGAGGUUCUGCCCACCAAAGGAAGCCAGGGCCUUAUGAGCCAAACUCUUUGCCCUCCACUGGGUAUUGGGAUAUAUUAUGGAGGAGCAGGUGGCUUUAGCAGCAAGAGUGUUGACGCUUAUGGACCCAACCUUUCCACCAGUAGCAGAAGUGGCCGCCGUGGUGUUGUUGCUGAGCAUAACUAUCAUGGCACUGGAUAUAGCUGCAGCUUCCUGGAUACUGGAAGCGUCAUGACCGGUACAUCAUGCACCAUCGCUCCUGUGAUUUGCAACAAGUCCUUGCUGCAACCUCUGAACCUGGGGAUUGAUUCCACAGCCCUAGCGGUGAAGUUUCAAGCAAAGAAUGAGCUGCAGAGCCUCAAUAGCAAAUUGGCCUCUUUCAUUGACAAGGUCCGAUUACUGGAGCAGCACAAUCUGAUGCUGAAGACUAAGUGGGAUUUUGUGCAACAGAAGAAGCGUUGCAAGAGUAACAUGGAGCCCCUCUUUAAUGAACAUGUUGGUCAACUCAAGAAGGAGCUGGAGUGUCUUGACCAUGAGAGAGAGAAGCUGCAGGCUGAGCGCAACACUUUGGAGCACACUGUGGAGGGCUAUAAAGCGAGGUAUGAGGAGGAAUGCAACAGGCGAACGUCUACAGAGAAUGAGUUUGUGCUACUGAAAAAGGAUUUGGACUGUGUCUAUUCACACAAGGCAGAGCUAGAAGCCAAGGCAGAAAGUCACAUGAAACAAAUCAGCUUCUUGAAAUGUGUAUAUAAACAGGAAAUUUGUGAGCUCCAAAACUGCAUUUCUGACACUUCUGUUAUGGUGCGAAUGGACAAUAGUCGAGGCCUAGAUAUGGACCAUGCGAUUGAGGAGUUCCGGCGUCGAUACGAAGCAAUUGCUUCCAGAAGCCGAGCUGAGGCUGAGGCUUGGUUCCAGUGCAGGUAUGACGAGCUCAGGACAACAGCAGCGAAACGCUGUGACGAUCUGCAUAAUGUCAAGGAAGAACUUCAGGCUCUGACCCGUGUUGCUCACAGGCUGGAGUCAGAAAUUGCAAGUGUCAACGCUCAGCGUCGCAAAUUGGAAGAGGAGGUGUCUGGAGCUGAAGAACGUGGGGAGAUAGCGGUGAAGGAUGCCAAAUGCAAACUGGCAGAUCUGGAGAAGGCCCUGCACAAAGCCAAACAGGACAUGGCUUGCCAGCUCCGGGAAUACCAUGAACUGAUGAACAUUAAGCUGGCUUUGGAUAUUGAGAUUGCCACAUACAGGAAGCUUCUAGAAGGAGAGGAAAGUUGGUUGAAUGAAGGGGAGUGUGCUGUGAACAUCUCUGUUCAGAGAAGUGAGGGGGCAAUAGUGAGUGAUGGUGGCCCCCACCAUGGAGCAGGAGACACACAUGGAAGCAGCCCUAGAAGUGAAGGUGUUUGCAGCCAUGAUAGGGCCACCUCUGGCAGCGGCACAACCACAAGGAGCGUCCAGACAAGUGGUGGGGAUGUUUCCGAUUCUUCUUGCCCAGUGACCCAUGCCUCUGCUCAGGGCUUCAGUGGUGGAAGUACUAAGACCACCACGUUGCGCUUUGUGUCUGCUAGUUACUUAUGCGGGCCACCACAUUGA